UAGUGCUAUCUGUCGUUUUGCGGCAACAGCAACGACAAGGCAAGGCGAAAGCAAAUGUGAAGGAAGAGUUUACUCGGAAUUUCCUAGUUUAGCCGGAUUCGCUUUGUGCACGUGAAGUAACAUCAUCAAAGGUGAAAUUUUUGUCUAGCAGACAUAUCAGCCUCAGUUUGAAAUUCGUUUUAUUUUUUUGAAACUGGAUUCGUAAUCAUGCCGUCUGACGCGAAAAAGAAAAUGCAGCAGAAGAAGAAGGAAGCUGCAAAAGCCAAACAAAGUGGUAAUAAGAACCAAGGCAAAGCCAAACCUGCUGAAAAGGAACCCAGUCCUAGUAAUUCAUCAGUGAAUGGAGAAAAUGGUGUGAAUGAGAUAAGUGCAGAAGAGGCAUUGUGUUUAAAGCUGGAGGCUGAUGCAAAGCUGAAUGCAGAGGCUCGAGCAUGCACAGGCAGCUUGGGUGUUCACCCUCGUAGCAGAGACAUCAAAAUCAGUAAUAUGUCCAUUUCAUUUCAUGGGCAUGAGUUGCUUCAAGACACUACUGUGGAGUUGAAUUGUGGAAGGCGUUAUGGAUUGUUGGGCUUGAAUGGAAGUGGAAAAUCAACAUUGCUUUCAGUAUUGGGUAAUCGUGAAGUUCCUAUCCCAGACCAUAUUGACAUAUUCCAUUUAACUCGAGAAAUGCCCGCAUCAGAUAAGAGUGCUCUGCAGUGUGUUAUGGAAGUUGAUGAGGAGAGAGUAAGAUUAGAAAAGCUGGCUGAAGAGCUUGUUAGUUGUGAAGAUGAUGAAUCCCAAGAGCGGCUCAUGGAUGUAUACGAGCGGCUUGAUGACAUUAGUGCUGACACAGCUGAGACCAGAGCAGCGUGGAUCCUGCAUGGUCUGGGCUUCAGCAAGGAAAUGCAACAAAAGAAGUGCAAGGAUUUUUCAGGUGGUUGGAGAAUGCGCAUUGCUCUGGCUAGAGCACUGUAUGUGACCCCUCAUUUACUGUUGCUUGACGAGCCAACCAACCAUUUGGAUCUGGAUGCCUGUGUGUGGUUGGAGGAGGAACUUAAAACCUACAAACGUAUUUUGGUGAUAAUAUCUCACUCUCAAGACUUCCUAAAUGGUGUAUGUACAAACAUAAUUCACAUGGAUAAAAAACGUUUGAAAUACUACACUGGUAACUAUGAUGCCUUUGUGCGAACUCGUUUGGAGCUGCUGGAAAAUCAAAUGAAGCAAUAUAACUGGGAACAAGAUCAGAUAGCUCACAUGAAGAACUACAUUGCGCGGUUUGGUCAUGGAUCAGCCAAACUAGCACGCCAAGCUCAGAGCAAAGAGAAGACUUUGGCCAAGAUGGUUGCCCAAGGUCUGACGGAGAAAGUCAUCAGUGAUAAAACGGUCCAUUUCUAUUUUCCUUCCUGUGGGACAAUCCCACCUCCAGUCAUCAUGGUGCAGAAUGUAAGUUUUCGCUACAAUGAAAAUACUCCACAAAUUUACAAGAAUUUGGAAUUUGGAAUUGAUCUGGAUACUCGAUUAGCGCUUGUGGGUCCAAAUGGUGCUGGAAAGAGUACGCUGCUCAAAUUGCUUUAUGGAGAGCUAAUACCAACUGAGGGGAUGAUACGAAAGAAUUCCCAUUUACGAAUUGCCCGCUACCACCAACAUUUGCAUGAACUGCUAGAUCUGGAUUUGUCUCCUUUGGAGUACAUGAUGCAGUCUUUCCCAGAAGUAAAGGAGAAAGAAGAGAUGAGAAAGAUUAUUGGCCGAUACGGUCUUACUGGGAGACAACAGGUUUGCCCAAUUAGACAGUUGAGUGAUGGGCAACGUUGUCGGGUGGUAUUUGCAUUCUUAGCUUGGCAGGCUCCUCAUCUUCUUCUACUUGAUGAACCUACAAACCAUCUAGACAUGGAAACUAUAGAUGCAUUGGCUGAUGCCAUCAAUGAUUUUGAAGGUGGCAUGGUACUGGUCUCCCAUGACUUCCGCCUCAUCAGUCAGGUGGCUGAAGAAAUUUGGGUAUGUGAAAACCAGGCUGUAACAAAGUGGCAAGGGGGAAUAGAGUCAUACAAAGAGCACCUGAAAGCUAAAGUCAUGAAAGACAAAAGCAAUGCAAAGAAAUUUUUUAAAUAAGUUUUGGGACAAUUAGGCUGAAAAUUGGAGGAGGAAACUGUAACUAUUUGUUAUUUAAAAAUAAUUAGGUUAAGGUGGUGCAAAAGUCACUAUUGUGCCGUCACAGUGAAGACAUCAAUACUUGAUAUACAAAGUGUUUAUAAUAAAUUGUCUGGAUAUGUAUAAGGUGUUACUUUCAACUUUUUUGUGAUUGAUUUAUUAUGACUACUGCAUUAUAGUAAUUUAAUUUUGAGUUCUUAGUGACUCAGAAUACUGCGAAAGCACAUGAAGUUCAUUGGAAACUUCAGAAACGUGUGAUGUGAUUAAGUUAUUUAAUGAUAUUGCCAACAUCCUUUUUCUGAAACUAUUUACAAUUUUGUUAUGAACAACAUAAUGCUCACUGAAUUGGAAUUAAGUUGCUUGUUCACUAGUGUAUGAUUUGUUUAAAAGUAUGUAAUUGAAUAUUUUGCUACAGUUUUAUUUUCAUCAGUCAUAUCUGAGAAGAACCAGUGCAGUGUCUGAUAUGGAAAUGCAAAGUUGUUGAGUUCUGACCUAACAGAUAUGGUUAUGAAUUAGGUUUGCACUAUUAACUACAUGCAUUAGUCACUAUAAAAAAAAUCUUGCUGCUAAUUUGUCUUCUAAUUAUAAUUGUUACAAACUUUAAACAAUUAUUUUGUUCUUCAUUGAGAAUUAGUGCUCUGAACUGCCAGAAUUUAUAAGUACAUAAGAACAGUAAACAGUAAUUCAUACAAUCAUGUUAUUGUGUAGUUUCAGCAAUGUUUUUGAUAGAAAUGUCUAUAUCUAUGUUCACCAUCUUCCAUUUUACCUUUUUAGAAAUGAUUGUUUGCCUCUCUUCACAUCAAACAUUGCAUUGGAAGGUUUAGGGCAUAAUGAACUAGGCUUGAAGCUUGUAAAACUAAGAUUUUUCAAGAACAAAUCCAAUUUUAAAUCUGUAUUUAAAAAAAAGUAAAAACUUACUGAAAAUCGCUGUUUGGUUUUAUUUUUGUUUAGUAUGUAUGUUCUGGUUAUUAGUUCUCUGAAUUAUUGUAAAAUGUUUUGAUCCAAUUAACCAUACAACUCAAUAAAUUGGAUACAAUCUAGCUCAUGUUCCAUUCUUUCGGAUCCAAGGUGUAAUGUUAAGGAAAAACUGAACCACAUUUGUUUGAAAAAUUCUUCCUUUAGAAAUUGGAUUUCUUUCUUAUUUGAAGGUGACCUUAGCUUCGUAAGAUUCAGGAGUAACAAAUAUGUUGGCAUCAUCUUCAAAAUCUUACCCAAAAACUUGUCUCAGUACAAUUGAAGUGUGCUUAAAAUUUGAUGACAUGCUUUGUAAAUUAGUAAAAAUUUCUAAAUGCUUUUUGAUUCAUAAAUACUGACACUUACACCUCAGAAAUAUGGAAAUAUCACUUAUUCGGGUUUUAAAUAUAAGUAUAUUUAACAGCUUUGGAUUUUUUUAGAAGUAAGAAAAUUGUUUUAUAAUGUUCCUGUUGGAAAUUCUAUUUGAUAAAACUCUUUGUCAAGCGAUAGAGAUACAUUUUAAGAUAAAUAGGCCCAUUUUCUCAGUUAUUCAGUAUUGUUUAUUGUACUGUGUAAGAAGUCAUAAAAUUAAGUUUGCUGUAUAUUUUGUUUUUAAAAAUUACACGAAUGUAAUAUUUUUGAAAUAUGUAUCAGGUGUUUAAUAUGUACAUUUCCAGCAAUUUGAAUUGACAAUUCCAUUCAUGGGUGGAAGUGCUUCAAAUGACUUCCAAUAAAGAUUUUUGAAAACUCAAAAGAUUUCUGUGAAAAAGUUUCAACGUUUACAUUUACAGUAAAGCUUAGAAGAGA